CCCCCCCUCCCCUGAAAGCAACAAGCCGGACAUUGAUGCCUAUUCUCAAUUCAGAUCUUGUCUUAAAUAUCUUGAUCUGACCUUAUCAUUCUCUAUCUGAUGUUCAGUAUGGCCAUCCGUAAGACUUUGCUCUUAUCUACUUUGGCCUGGUUUGCCAACUGGUGCCAACUCUCAUCCGCCGCCAUUAAGCUGCUGGAUACUUUACCUCAAACUCUGCAAGUUUACAUUGGUGGUGAAACCAAAGAUUUGAAGCUGUUCACGUUUGAUACCGUCCAGAAUACUUUUGCCAUGAUCAAGACUAUUGAUGCCCUGGGGCCUAAUGCAAUAUGGCUAGAUUUCGAUCAAAGCAACAAGUUUAUACUCAGUACCUCAGCUGCGAAUUUCGACAAGAAAGAGAAAACUGGCGGAGUCUUUUCAGCUUUGAUCGGCCCUGAUGGGAGCUUGCAGAAUAUCAAUUCAGCCCCUACACCUGAGGCCCCGGUCUCCCUCGAAGUCAGUCCGGAUGGGAAACUCGUGGCGGUGGCCUCUUUCAAUGGAGCAAGUUUGACCACUUACAGACUUGGCGAUGAUGGUAAACUUUCUUUGCCCGUGCAAAACUUCACUUUUACUGGACAAGGCCCAGUAACGGCACGACAAGCUGCUGCUUCGGCUCAUCAGGUCAAGUUUGAUCCAUCCGGGAAACUGCUCCUAGUCCCAGACCUUGGCUCAGACAGAAUCCGAUCAUUCUCCCUUGAUCGAGUUGGAAAUCUUAAGAGAAAUUCUGACAUUGCAGUUAAAGCAGGUUGUGGACCGCGACAUGUAGCCUUUGCACCACCAAAACCAGCCGGCCCACUGAGGUUCUAUCUAAUCUGUGAGCUCUCCAACGAGCUUGCGUUGAUCGAAUUGCCAGACGCUAGAGCCAAGGCGGCUUCCCUCAUACAAACGAUUACCACCCUUCCAAAGGGAGCCGACCCAAAGACUUUCAAUGCAGCCGAGUUACUCCUCACACCUGAUGGCAAAUUCCUAUAUGCAACCAACCGACAGAUUGAUCCGGCCGGCCGACCUGAUGAUAAUACGUUUGCGAUCUUUUCUCGGAACGAAGCCACCGAUAUCCUGACGCCAAUCGGCUUCGCACCCACAGGAGGAAAGGGCCCUCGCCAUUGUGCUUUCACUCCCGACAAGGCUGCAAGCUUUAUGCUCGUGACCAACCGCGAUAGUAAUUUGGUUACAGCACAUAGACGAAACGAAACUACAGGCGCUUUAAACCAGGUUGGAGCCGCCCCAGCACAGGCUCCAUCAGUGGCUUUAUUCAGAGUAUGAAGCUCAGCCGAUUGAUCAAUGUCUUCCUAUUUUUAUAGCCGACUCACAACUCAUAAGAGAAUUGAGAAAGAAGUACUCAAGUCCAAACUUAAACCGUAUCCGGAUACAAAACAUCAUUUUUUUAUGUCAACUCAACCUCGAUAAGACAAAAUCAACCAUAUAAAU